AUGGGGCUCAAGACUUCGGCACGGAAGAGAAAGGCACAGGUACAGGGCCGGCCUGAUGCGCGGCCUUCCAAGACGGCGCGGCCCAUCUCACCGCCCAGCGACGAGCCGUUUGAGCCGCGGAGCUUACAAACUGUCGUGUCCACCGAAGAGCUUGAGAUCACAGUCGACACGCUGAAAACGCUGUCGUCCUAUCCGGGUCUGAUUAAGUCGAGGCCAUGCCGGCAUCUGCGGGUGGCUGCACACGAGUUCCGGCAGGCCUGCACGACGGGCGUCAAUGCUGCCGGCAUGAACCUGACGGCCAGGAUUACUGGUGCUCUUGCAGACGGAAAAUUCCUCGAAGCGCGUGUGCUGCUGGCCGAGAUGCGAAUCCGCGGCGAGGAGCCCAAGCUAGGGGCCUUGUGUCGGUGGGUGCGAGAUCUGGACAUUGUCAGUGGUCUGUCGACGCUGCCGGCCAGCAGUCGAGCCGCGGUAGAGCGCGCCGGUGAGGAGAAGGAGCGCCUGCUCGUUGUCGAUGCCGUCCUUCGCACCAUUGGUCCCGUCGACGCAAACUUGGACGCUGUGCGACAGUCGGCCAACUCGCCGUCCAUCAACGUGCAGAAGAUGUGGGAUCUCCGGCAGUCGACGACGGCCGACCAGGUCUACGACUCUGUUUUGGACAAGUCUAUUCUCAAGCUGGCACCGAGCAACCCGGCCACAGCCCUGCCCAUCAUCGAGACCACCGACGGCCUUCAGCGUAAGCCGCCAAACCACCAUCCAGCCAUCGUCUACACGUCUGCCCCGAAUGCCAUGUCCUUGUCGCCGAAAUCGCCGACCAUCACGUACCAGGCCCAUCCCGUCGUGCCUGGCCUGGGCGUGGCCACUGACGUGCUCUCGCCCGACGAAUGCAAGGCCAUCAUUGCCGCCGGCGAGAGCGUCGGCUUCCUGCCCGACUCGCCGAUUCGAGAGGAUGGUGACGUCAGCAUCUUGGCGCACAACUUCUACUGGGUCGUUGACAACGCGUUUCACGAUACGCUCUGGGCACGGAUAUCGCCAUAUGUGCCCGCUGCCAUGGACGGCCGCGUGGCCCGUGGGAUCAACCGCCGCUUCCGCGUAUAUCGCUACGUGCCUGGCGCAGAGUACCGCAGCCAUAUUGACGGGGCCUGGCCGCCUUCGGGGAUCCUUGCUGACCAGACUUACGUGUACGAUGCGUCGCCCGAGGGAAAGAAGCAGAGCUCCCUCUUUACGUUCUUGGUGUACCUGAACGAUGAGUUUGAGGGUGGCGAGACAACAUUCUUCUUGCCGGCAGCGCUGGAAGGAACGCUCAAUGCAUACCCGGUCCGGCCUGUGAUGGGUGGUGUGGCCAUUUUUCCGCAUGGCCAGACACAUGGAGCGCUGCUGCACGAGGGAACAGGAGUGAGGAAGGGUGCCAAGUAUGUCAUCCGGACGGAUGUAGAGUGCACCUACUCCGCACAUAGCAGCUUUCAGCGGUCUGCCACCAUGUCUGACGUCUCCGACCUCGCGGCUCUGAUCGCCACGCGCUACGGCUCCACCACAACGACCGCGAGUGCCACCACGCUCGAUGGCCUGCCGGACAGCCCCGCCUUAAAGACGCUGCUGGGCCACAAGUCGGUGCGGUACUACCAGGCGGACACGCCGUUGCCGGCAGGCGCGCUGGACGUGAUCAUCGCCGCAGCCCAAAGCGCACCGUCGUCGUGCAACUUGCAGACCUGGAGCGUUGUCGCGGUGGCCGACCCCGAGCGCAAGGCCCAGCUGGCCACCCUGAGCGCAGACCAGUACUUUAUCCGGCAGGCGCCGCUCUUCCUCGUCUUCGUGGCCGAUCUGCACCGCCUGGGUGCUGUCGCAGCCUCGGAGCAGCAGCCACCCGGAGCCUCGCUCGCCUACACGGAGAUGUUCCUGAUGGCGUCCCUGGAUGCCGCCUUUGCAGCCCAAAAUGCGCUCGUCGCUGCCGAGGCGCUCGGUCUCGGUGGCUGCUACGUCGGCGCUGCUCGCAACCGACCGCGUGAGGUGGCCGCUCUUCUCGGCCUGCCCGACCGUGCCGUCGGCAUCUUUGGCCUCGCUCUCGGCGUCCCCCGGCCUGACAGCACCAUCGAGGUCAAGCCGCGGCUGCCGGCCGCCGAGGUGCUCCAUCACGAGCGUUGGGACGACGGGAACCAGGCAAGCCACCUGGCAACGUACAACGACGCGAUAGCCGCCUUCAACGGCCGCCAAAACCGCGUCCACAAGCCCGUCUGGACGGCCCAGUCGACCCUGCGCACGGCCACCGAGGAGGGCAUGGAAGGCCGGCACGAGCUACGACCGGUGCUGCACGAGCGCGGCUUCGAGUUGCAGUAG